AGAGAGAGAGAAAGAAAAAGAGCAUGUUGUGUGUGCUUAUAGUAGUGAAAGAGUAUAAUCACUUACUCUGUAUCUCUGUAUUGAGAGAAAUUUAGUAACAACAAACAAAGGAAAGAAAAAAUCUCAACAACAUCAACCAACCAACCAACCAUAAUAAUAAUAAUAUCUGAAACUCACGCAAUUCCACUUUCCAUUUUCUUUCUUUUCUCUCUUUCCCUCACCUCAGAUUCUUUCCUCUCUCUUUCUGCAAUUCCACUUUUCUCAUCCAAUUCUUCUUCACCACAUGAAUGAGACUCUACAUUGUUGAUAACAUUUUGAGUCAUGGCAUCAGAGGCAUCAUCAUCCUUGUCAUUUUCAGUUGCAUCUGUUGUUGAAGAUGUCCUUCAACAACACGGUCAUCGCCUCAAACAUCUUGAUUUAGAUUCCAGGAUAGCACAACAAGCUGCAUCUAGAAGAUAUGAAGCAGCAGGGUGGUUAAGAAAAAUGGCUGGAGUUGUUGCAGCUAAAGAUUUACCGGCAGAGCCAUCGGAGGAAGAGUUUAGGCUUGGUUUGAGAAGUGGAAUUAUCUUAUGUAAUGUUAUUAAUAAGGUUCAAUCUGGAGCUGUUCCUAAGGUUGUGGAGAGUCCUGUUGAUUCUGCAAUGAUCCCUGAUGGAGCACCAUUAUCAGCAUAUCAAUAUUUUGAAAAUGUGAGAAAUUUUCUGGUGGCUGUACAAGAAAUUGGAAUUCCUACCUUUGAGGCAUCUGAUCUGGAACAAGGAGGAAAAUCAUCCAGGAUUGUGAACUGCAUCUUGGCCCUUAAAUCCUACGGUGAAUGGAAACAGAAUGGGGCAAAUGGUGUGUGGAAAUUUGGUGGAAAUCUCAAACCUACUAUUUCUUCAAAAUCUUUUGUGAGAAAAAACUCGGAACCAUUUACUAAUUCCUUGUCAAGGACCUCAUCGAUCAACGAAAAAACUCUGUCUACUCUUAGUUCUGAUUUUGAGUCUGAUAAAAUGUCUGGUUCCCAUUCUUUGAGUAUGCUUGUUCGUUCUAUUCUUUCAGAUAAGAACCCGGAAGAAAUUCCAAUGUUGGUUGAAUCUGUUUUGAAUAAGGUUGUAGAGGAGUUUGAACAUCGAAUUGCAAGCCAAGGUGAACAGACAAAAAUAACUUUAAGAGAUAAUGUUUCUGAAAGGAAUGGAUCCGCGUCGAAGGUUGUUGUGGCAGAUAAAAAGGUGGAGAACAAGAUUCAUAUGGUAGCUAAGAAAGAGGUUCGCAUUGAUAAAAAUUGUGUGGCUACUGAGGAAUUGCAACGCCAACACCUGAAGCAGCAAAUGCUCUUUGACCAACAGCAAAGAGACAUUCAAGAGCUAAAGCUCACUCUUCACACCACAAAAGCUGGGAUGCAGUUCAUGCAAAUGAAAUUUCAUGACGAGUUUUCCAAUCUUGGAAUGCACAUUCAUGGCUUAGCUCACGCGGCUUCGGGAUAUCAUAGAGUUCUUGAAGAAAAUCGCAAACUAUACAAUGAAGUCCAAGAUCUAAAGGGAAGUAUUAGGGUAUACUGUCGAGUAAGACCCUUCUUUCCUGGACAACCAAACCAAUUGAGCGCAGUGCAAAAUAUAGAAGAUGGAACUCUCACAGUUAGUAUUCCUUCAAGAAAUGGGAAGGGACAACGAUCCUUCAACUUUAACAAAGUCUUUGGACCAUCUGCUACCCAAGCGGAGGUCUUCCUUGAUAUGCAGCCACUUAUUAGAUCUGUUCUUGAUGGUUAUAAUGUUUGCAUAUUUGCAUAUGGUCAAACAGGAUCAGGAAAAACUUACACAAUGACUGGACCAAAAGAGAUCACAGAGAAAAGCCAAGGUGUAAAUUACAGGGCUCUAAGCGAUUUGUUUUUUAUAGCAGAUCAAAGAAAGGACACUUUCCACUAUGAUGUUUAUGUUCAAAUGAUUGAGAUUUAUAAUGAGCAAGUCAGGGAUCUAUUGGUCACUGAUGGAACAAACAAAAGAUUAGAAAUUCGUAGUAGCUCUCACAAAGGGCUCAGUGUGCCAGAUGCAAGCCUUGUUCCUGUGUCGUCAACUAUUGAUGUUAUUGAACUAAUGAACCUUGGCCAUAGGAACCGUGUUGUUGGAGCAACAGCCCUUAACGACCGCAGUAGCCGAUCUCAUAGUUGCUUGACUGUUCAUGUUCAAGGAAGAGAUUUGACAUCUGGAGCUACCAUCCGCGGAUGCAUGCAUUUGGUUGACUUAGCAGGCAGUGAAAGGGUAGAUAAGUCUGAGGCCACUGGAGAAAGACUAAAAGAGGCACAGCAUAUUAACAAAUCUCUAUCAGCUUUGGGCGAUGUCAUUGCUUCGCUUGCUCAGAAAAACUCACAUGUACCUUAUAGAAAUAGUAAACUCACACAAUUGCUCCAAGAUUCACUUGGAGGACAGGCUAAGACACUGAUGUUUGUUCACAUAAGUCCUGAAAGUGAUGCAAUUGGAGAAACAAUUAGUACUUUAAAAUUUGCAGAAAGAGUUGCUACAGUUGAACUUGGUGCUGCUCGAGUAAACAAAGAUGGUGCAAAUGUUAAAGAGCUCAAAGAACAGAUUGCCAGCCUUAAGGCAGCACUGGGAAGAAAAGAAGGGGAAUCAGAACAUUCUUUUUCCGGAAGCUCCGAAAAAUAUAGGAUAAAGGCUAGUGAGGUAUCCCCUUAUCAAAUAAACCAGCGGGUUGCAGACACUGGUGAUCAGCUUAGAUGCCGACGACCAAUGGUUGAAGUUGGCAAUAUAGAGCUUCAGAGUAAAAUCAUAAUGAGGCAGAAAACUCAAAGCAUUGACUUUGAUGAGAUAUCAGCAAAUUCACCACCCUGGCCCCCAGUAAAUAGUCUUGCACAAAAUGAUGGGGAGGACGACAAAGAAACAGGUUCUGGAGAGUGGGUUGAUAAGGUAAUGGUAAACAAGCUAGAUGCAAACAAAACUGAGAACCUCUUGGAAUGUUGGCAAGAAAGCAAUGGAAACUUAUCUGAAUCCUUUUAUCAGACAUAUCUCCAAGAUUCUUCCAAAAUGUACUCAGAACAGUCUUAUAAUAAUAACAUGUUCAUGGGAGGUAACCAGUUUAGUAGCAUUAUGAUGGGUUCAGAUGACAACAUGGAUGAGAUUGAUGCUGCAACCAGUGAUUAUUCCUCAGAACCUGAUUUGCUUUGGCAAUUUAAUCAUUCUAAACUUACCAGUUUGACUAAUGGAAUUGGAUCAAAGACUAUUAUGAGAUCUGUCUCAAAGGCAACAAAAAGUCCAGAAUUGAGAAAGAGUUCUGUUCAUUCUUCUCUCGGUCCUUCACCUUCGUUCAAACAAUCGAAAGUUGUCUCACAUAGGACAGGAAGAAGUCCAGCUCCUAUUGACAUGAAACGUAAAACUGGGAGUAGAAAGUAAAACAUGUUAUUCAAAAUGUAAAGAGUGAUUAUUUUUGCUAUAAUUUCUCCAUCUUUGGUUUGUUAUUUUUGUAAUAUGUAAUCACACAGAUAAUGGAGCAAUAAUGCCCGUUGCUUUGCUUGUAUAAUUUUUUAUUUUUUUAUACUUUAAAGGGUGUAAAUUAAAAAAUUUAAACUA